CCUCCUCACUGCUGCGGAGAGAAAAAAAAAGUAUCACAGGCGGGAUUUCGUCGCUGUUUUUGAACUGCAUAAUUCUUUAAAAUUAACUUUUAGCUCCGCUGUAGCUCAUAAGUCCGACGGAGUUGGCAUACGUGAUAUCUGUGAGGCUUUUUAAAGUGAAACGAGGGCCCGGUUCCCCUCACACACAGACAGGCCAUCAUGAAGCUAACGGACAAUGUGCUGCGGAGCUUCAGGGUUGCUAAAGUGUUUCGAGAAAACUCAGACAAAAUUAAUUGCUUCGACUUCAGUUCAAACGGAGAAACUAUUAUUUCCAGUAGCGACGACGAUUCGUUAGUGUUGUACGACUGCCAAGAGGGAAAACCCAAGAGAACCCUCUACAGUAAAAAAUAUGGAGUGGAUCUGAUCAGGUACACACAUGCUGCAAACACUGUGGUCUACAGUUCCAACAAAAUCGAUGAUACUAUCCGGUACCUGUCCCUCCAUGACAACAAAUACAUCCGCUACUUUCCUGGACAUAACAAAAGAGUGACGUCGCUCUCCAUGUCUCCUGUGGAUGACACAUUUAUUUCUGGUUCAUUAGAUAAAACUAUCAGAUUAUGGGAUUUGCGGUCACCUAACUGUCAGGGUCUGAUGCACCUGCAGGGGAAACCGGUGUGUUCCUUUGAUCCAGAGGGCCUCAUUUUUGCUGCUGGAAUAAAUUCAGAGAUGGUUAAACUUUAUGAUCUGCGAUCAUUUGACAAGGGUCCCUUUGCAACCUUCAAGCUUCAGUAUGAUCGAACAUGUGAGUGGACGGGACUCAAGUUUAGCAAUGAUGGAAAACUCAUUCUUCUCUCUACUAAUGGUGGAGCCCUUCGCAUUUUAGAUGCUUUUAAGGGUGCUGUACUACAUUCGUUUGGGGGCUAUAACAACAGUAAAGGUGUGACACUGGAGGCUUCAUUUACUCCUGAUUCUCAGUUUGUUAUGAUCGGCUCUGAGGACGGGAAGAUCCACGUGUGGAACGCAGAAAGUGGCAUGAAGGUGGCUUUAUUAGACGGGAAGCACACAGGCCCGAUCACCUGCCUACAGUUCAACCCCAAGUUCAUGACGUUUGCGAGUGCCUGCUCCAACAUGGCAUUCUGGCUGCCCACCAUCGACGAGUGAUGGCAGGAGAGUGAAGCAGAGGUACCAGCAGGGGGCGGGACGGUCGGAUCUCUGCGGAUAUCACAGAGAGUGUGGAGCAAAUCUAAACGAAAUUGUAAAUAAGGAGUUCACAGAAAUAGAUCACUUUUCUAUUGUUUUUUUAUAUUUCUAUUUAACAUUAAACUGUUUCUCUGUAA